AACUGGCCCGUUCGAGUGCCUGUGCUGCCUCUGCUUCCCCAGUGGCCUGUGUCGGUGGCAGGAAUGCAGGCGGGGAAUGGCUGGCGGUAACAUCUGCAGGCUAAGGCUGUCCUUAAGAAUCUAGAUUUGUGCUUGCACAGCAAUGCUGCAUACUUCAGAGAAGAGAACUUGCACAUUGGUAACAAGGACAUGGUCAAACAAAGUGCCACUCCAGGUCAUUAUAAGUCACAGAGGGGAUGUGUAUGCCUGUGACAUGAGCGUUUCCAGUCAUAUAGGUUAGAAGAUUGUGAGCUUGUGAACGUGACACACAAACACCUACAAUGUGACCAUCUGGAGAGAAUUCCUCUUAUUCUGUAGUUAAAAGCAAGAAGCAAAAAAAUGGACACUCAAUUGUUUUCACCAUUGUUAGGAGCAAUUACUAGUACACCCCCUCCCCUGGAAUCUUCCCGCCUGUAUAGUGACUGGUCAGCGUGUGGAGACGACAUCAGCUCAAAAACUUCUUUCCAAGACUGCACAAAGAAAAGAGCACCAAUAAAUCUUUCCUACUCUGGCAGUGGCCCUGACAUGUUUGGUCUAGUGUCAAGCAUUUUAGAGGAGCCAAGCAAGCCAGAACCAGUUACAGACUGGAAUUCUCUUUCAAGAUUGUUUCCACCUUUGUGGCCACCUGAUCUUGGAAGCAAUGGUGAAUUCUCAGGGCUCUCAUCUAAGCACUCUGUUGAAAGUAAGGAUUUUUCCAACCUGAUGGGCACACAGAACUACUAUCAGGAACACUUGCAAAAGUCUCAUGAUGUGGAGAUGUUACACAGAGGUUUGGAAGAUCUUCAUCUCAUCGAGUCUUGGCUUUCUCCACCUGGACCUUGCGCUCAACCUGAUAAUAUUCUGAAAACCAGUUAUCCUGAACAUUGCUCUUUGCUAAGUAAUAACACAGUUCACCAAGAACGGUUUUCACUUCCAAAUGUAGACUAUAAUCAGCAUUUGUGCAGUUAUGACCACGUGAGAUUAAAUGGAGACUAUGAAAAAAUCAGUUCCACUUUGAGCACUUUUUCUUCUCAGGACAGAACGAAAGAAGGCAGUAGCAUUCAGAAAGAGUAUUGGAAAACAGAAAGAGCAAGAGGCAAAGCUCUGAAAAGUGACACUCAAGACCAAACUAAGUACUCCCCUGAUCUUUCCAAUCAGCCUGUCGAUGACUCGUGGGAUAAAACAUCCCAGGACAACCACUUAUUUUCUAAAAGAUAUGAAAACUUGACAGCUGCUCAUAAAUUGCAGUCAUCUGUUCAUCCAUCACUAUAUCUUUUCAGUCAGCCCCCUAAAGAAAACAAUUUUUCUGGAGGGACAAACAGAAAACCACAGGAAACCCUUGUGCAAAAUGGUCAUCAGAGCUUGGCUUUGGGGCAUGCUUUUAAUAACAGCGAAUGUAAGAUCCACGUCAGCCCUAAAGAAUGCUCUCAUAGAUUACCUGAAUAUGAUUUAUCUGUAAAAAAUAUUAUGCAAAAUGGGAGUUGCUCAUCAUACCAUGGACACACGUGGCUGGAUGGGAAAGUGGCAAGUCCGAUGGCUGCAUCGGAUGUCCUGUAUGGAAAGCGAGUGGUAACGAGUCCACAGUCAUCUUCAGGCGUUUCAACCAUGUCUGGUGGUUCUCCAAGCCAUCAGUCUAUCACACAGCCCUCUUACUACUCUCAGAUCUUACCUGUCCUCCCUUCAAGGAAGGAUGGAAGGUUACAGAUAUCAAAUGGUGUCUAUAAUAAUUUGGGAGUUUCUCAUUUCGUCUCGGAAAGCCAGAAGCAAGUGAAGCCCUUUGGCCGAUCACCGCACGAUUCGGUGGCUGAUAAGGAGGGACCAGGCCCUAAGUUCCCCAUUAGUUUUUCAUCUGAGUGGUUAAUGCAGCAGAACGCUGCGAGUGAAGACCCUGAAAAAUACUACAGGUUUCCAAAAAAGCAGACUCAAGAAACUAGCAAUAAGGAUGACAGAAGAGGCAGGAGGAGCUGGGUUCCUCGUUUUGAGUAUACAGCCCCGAACCGUCAGCACUUCAGCGUGUUCCCGAAAAAGCACGACCAGAGUGGUGGCAGCAUGUCAGAUUUCAUCAGUCCUUCUUUUCUCCCUUCUUUCCCCUUAAUGUCUGAUUUUAAGCAAAGCCCCAGCUUUCCUCCUUUUAACCACCAUCUGUUUUCAUCAGCGAAUAACUUCAGCUUUCCCCCGUCGCCGUUUCCCUUCUCGGAACUUGUUGAUCUUUUUCAUUGCGAUGACUUGAACCACUCGAAUCCCUUCAUCAACGACCUGAUCUGUGGGGAAUUAACUGCCCCGUGCUUUGCCUUUCCAACACCUUUUAACAAGUACAGACCUCCCAGAAACCGCAGUGGACCUGCUAAUGAGCUUCACACCCGCCUGGAGGAGUGCUAUGAGCAGUGGAGAGCUUUAGAGAAAGAGAGAAAGAAGACCGAGGCUGACCUUGCAAGGAACUUUCCAGGCAAGCGCAUAUCUAGCUCAAAUAACGCUCCUGUGUCCCGACUUCCUGCGAACCCAUCACGUGUUGAUCGUUUGAUCGUUGACCAGUUCCGAGAACAAGCCAGGGUGCUGACGUUAAUAGGAAAAAUGGAAAGGCUCCGUGGAACCCCCGUACACGGCAACAUAUCCACUGCGCUGGAACAGCACGUGGAAGCCAUCCGUGUAACGCAGGCCAGGCGUAAGGAUGAGAUUAUUAAUGCUGCUAAUCCACAAAGGCAAGGAGGACCACGUUAUAAUAAUGAGAAAGAUGUUCUGGCUCUGGCAGCUGCCAUCAGAGAGCUGGCUGCUUCCACACGCAGGGCUCGUACUGCUCUGUGGUGUGCGUUACACUUGACGUUGCCAAAAAUCUCAAGUGCUCCAGUCAAACAAGAAGUUGAAAGGACAUUGCAAGAGCUUUGUCCUCUGAACACGAGCUCACAAGAAAAAAACAGCAUGGAGCACGAAAACAAAGGAAGCAAAAAAGAAAAACCCGAGGAACCCAUGAGGAUUCUGGAAUAACAGCAAAAAACAGUAGCAAUGAUGCUAUCGAGAGGCUGAGAAGAGGGAGGGAAGGGCCAGGGGUCCUGCACAGUGCCCUGGGAGGUGGGUCUGAGAGGUUAUUGACAAAGCCAAAGGUUAACAGAAGUGAUCAGUGCUGCAGUUCUGUUAUUGUGAUUCUGGUGUUGACAGACCUAUCUUGUAAUAGUGUGAAUGCAAUUUUAAUAUUGCUGGUAUUGCAAUGUGUGCUGCAUAAGAAUUUCCUUCUUCAGAGGAACUAAGCAGUAGCUGAGCGUUUCCUUGUGUGCUUCUCCAAAGCUACGUGUCAGCUGCGAGUCAAGCCAUGACCUGAGAAACCAGAGUGUGGUACAACUUAAUUCUCCUUUCUUUGUUAAUGGUACAACUUAGCACACUGAAGUAGUUAAUAAUUGUUCAGGGGAGCUUAUUUUUUGCACCAUUAUGUAGGUUUUUCAUGUGCCAAAGUGCUUCCUAAGUAGUUUGCAUCCCAUCCCUCUGCACAGAGCAAUCCACACUCCUGUAUUGUUUUCCUGACAGGGAGUCGGGUCAUUCAGGUUACCACUAAAUGGUUUGAUGAGAAUAAUCAAUGUUUAAUGUUGGUUGUGUGAGAUGCUUCAGCAGUUGUGCUGCUACUUCAGUUUCUAGCUAAACCAGUGUAAACUGAGCCUUUCCAGAGCACAGUCCACUUACAAUUCUCCAUUAACAGAAAGGAUUGUGUAGAUUUGCAGCCAGUACUGCACUGAAGUGCACAUUAGCAGCUGAGAGAGAAUUGUCACUCAGGAUUAGGAAUUAGAUUUAUUGAUUCCUCAGUGGGUUGAAAAAAAAGUAACUCUAGAUCAUAUUAUGCACUUAAUUAAAAGUCCUUGUUUGCUAUUAAUGUAAGUUCCUGGUACUAUAGUUUUCAGAAACAUUCCAUAUUUAUUUGAAUGUGUUUAUUGAAUGUUUAUUUAAAACUCUAUUUUAGUAACAGAAAGUUGGAUAUUUUUGCCAAAUCUUCCAAAUAAUCAGAUUUAAUGAUUUACUCAGGAAAUAUGUAUAGUAUUAGCUAAAUAUCCACGUGGUAUAUAGGGAUUAUUUUUGGGGGAGGGGAAGGGAUGUUUGCAAAAUAUCUACACAAAGCUAACUAUAUAAACUAGGUUACCAAAGCUGUUUAACUCAUUAACUUGGUUUUUUGCAUGGAAGAUUUAAUAUAUUGCUGUUAAUUAGUCUCCAUUCUGUGGUUUAGACAAUCACAAGUGUUUUGUAUCAGUGUGAAUGCUCUGGGUGAGAAUUAGAAGGAAUGAGUAACUCUGAUAGGGGCACUUAAAAGUAUUUUAAUGCUUUAACAACUGUCUUACUGUUACACAAUCUCUUAACACAUACUGGUGACCAACUAAGGUUCUUAGGUAUCAGUAGAUUAAGGAGUGGCUUUGGCAAGCAGUUCUUACUUUAAAAGUGAAUGAAGUUGAGCAGAUUUGACAGACAAAAGAGGUUUUUUUAUGUUCUGUAGCGUUUGGUGUUGAAUUUGCUGUGUUGUGGAUAAAUAUAUAACUGUUUCCAUAUAUAUGUGUACUUGCAAAAUGUUGCAAAUGCAGUUCUGUCGUCUUGGAUCUGUGGAUGUUUCUAGAGCAGAUGUAGUCUCUAGCACCAUCGUUACCGGUGAUGAGGCAGUAGCUACACAGCUUUGUAGACACAAGUUUCACAAGCCUCCUUGUGAUCCACUGAGUAAAGAUCAAAACCACUAAUUGAUAGAAAUCAGAAUCUUAGUAUAGCAUGAUUAUGGGGUUUUUUCCCCCUAAAGAAAGUGAAUUCUGCUUAAAAGAAUAUUUUAAGCCUUAGCCUAAAAACCAGCCAGUGAAGAGAGUUUAGUGUGUUUCCUCUGUGCACGGUUCAUUUGCACACACUAACUUAAGAAGCUUAAACUUACUUUUGUGAAGCUAAUUAACUGUGCUCCAUGAUUUAAAAAGUGGAGCCCUGCAGUAUUUUGGUUAAUGAGUCAUUUUGUUUCCUAAUGACACCACUGUGUUGACAGAAAAUCAGAAUCUGAAAGCCUUGAUUGGCUUCUCAGUUUACAGAACAAUUGUAGUCCUGCAGGGUUGUUUGUAGGGUGAAUGUCCAGGGCUUAGGAGGUCCUUCUUGUAUUGCUCACGUGUCAGUUAUUAUUGUGAAGGAAUGUGGUCUUAAUCAGUUCAUAAUAUAGUUAAUGUGCCUUUUAACAGUCUCAUUUUUCACAAAGGGUCAGUAGCUGUGUGCUCUCUUCUGUUUUCAACUGCAGUUUAAAAAUGCACUUAAGGAGGGUUAUGGUGUGGCUGUAUCUCACUCACAACUGUCACACACUGCUCCUGUUCUUGGCCCAGGCUGUCACACCAUCCCCUUACGGGCUCCUUCACAAGUGUGCAGCACUCUGCCUGUGUCACCACGGGUUAAAUCUCUUAGGACCACGUUUUUCUUGUCAUGCCCUACAAAUGUGGCUGCCACAUCCUCACCUUGCGUUUUGCCUUACUCGGAUUUCUCCACCAAAACUUGGGGUCUUCGGGACAAAAUGAAUUUGUGCCCAUUUCUUUUAAGCAAGUAUGGAAAGUAUUAGACCUGUAAAGGCAAAAAUCCUUUCAGGAUGCUUCAGUUCUGUUGUUUCUUACAUAGCUUUUUCUAUUUCAGGAGCAAAACCACUGUGUUUUGUAAAACAACCAACCUGGAGUUGCAGCAGCUGUUAGUCAUAACAUGUUUUUAGCUGCCUAAUGUUUAAUUUAGCAACAACAUGCAAGUUCUGUAAGUAUUGCACUGAAUUUUGGGGAUGAAUAAGUAUAAUGCUUCUGGUUUUAGGGACUAAGUAUAUUCACAUCUUACUGACUUGAGUGGAAGCAGAGCUAAGGUAUUAGGUCACACUUAAGCCAGAAAGAUGUUUCUGCUUUGGAGCUGGGUUUGAUUUUUGAAACUUCCCUCCUAUUUAUGAAGCAAUCAGGAAAAAUUCACUUCACUCCCUCCUUCUACCCUUCUAGUCAGCUUUGUCAAGGUUUAAUUGUUCACUUAUUUCUGUGUUGAUUCAUGCAGCUUGACCUUUUGAGUGAGAAGAUCCCAGAGUUGUAGUUAAUCAUGGUAGCAGUGAGUCUAGAUUGUUCUAGUUUAAGAAAACAGGAUACUUGAAUCUCUUCUCAAGUCAAAGAUCAUUUUCAGUGUACAUUUUGAUAGUUGGUAGUGAAUCUUCAGUGCUUUAAGAUCCCCAGUGAUAGUUCAGUACAACAUAGGCUUAAGUUUUACAAUUAUUUCUGUAUUUAAAUAACUGGAGGCUUCUGGUGGUGCAACCUUCUGGAUUCCCAAAAGAGAAGCCAGCAUCAGAGUAAACCUUUUCAGGCUGUAGGUGUGGUAUCUGUGCUCUUCUCCUGCAUCCAUGGGAUCCCUCUGGCAAUUAAUUUAGUCUGAUGGCAUCUGUAGAUUGGUUUGUAGUUUUUCAGUUUUUCAGGGAGGUUGUCUAGGUUUGUGGUGCUUGUCUUGCCGUGGCCUUUUCAGGAGUUAAUGUGUAAAACUAUUAAUUCCCAAACUAUUGCUAUUGAGUUGGGUUUUUUUCUUCCUCUCAGACUGAGUAUUCUUCUUUACCCUUGGUGUUUACCACUUGGAAAUUAUUUGCCUUACAGCUUGGAAACUGAUGCACUGGUCUUCAUAAUAAGUCUGUUCUUGUUAUUCUUGGUACCUUUUCUCUUUGGUGAAAAAAAGGACUAGCAGAAGAUGGAGAUGAUGCAAGUGGGAGGCUUUGUUGAGGUACUUGCUGGCCAUUUAACCUUUACUGCCUUUAUGGAGAAGUGUGGAGACACUGCAGUGUUUUGUACAAAGCCUCCUGGCUUCAGGUCUAUGCAGUUUUCCAGAAGUGACCAUGAGCACAGCUUCCUGGGGUUGUGUUUCAUCUGCUACCCAGGCCUUCUUUAUUUCCCUCAACACAAUGGGAGAAGGAAAGAGGAGCUGCAAGAAGGAAGGAAACAGCCAUAGGAGACUCUGCUUCCAGCAGUCAGCCUCUUCUUUGUGGCUCCUGUGGUCAGCAGGAUGGGAGCCUGAGGGGCCAGGACUCCUCCUCUGUUUAAACUGUAUUUCUCUCUUCCCCAUGUGCUGCUCACAGGUGCUGUCAGGGUUCAACUGCUGAGACAUGUGGCAGGGUUGGCUCGUUCUUGUCCUGCUCUGGUAGCCAUCCUUCCCCUGUGUAUGUUUUAAUCAUAUGGAGUCAAUCUGUGUACCAGCUUGAGAGGCUGGAAAAGGGCUUGGGAACAAACCAAAGGGGCAUGGCCCUCCCUCUUGGGUCAAGAUCACACCUCUUGCCUCUCAGGUUUUCUCUGUGAGGGAAGAGAAUGAAGAUUUACUUCUGCACAACUUCUAGAGACUGAGGUCAUGGCAAAUGGCAAGGAGUACUUAGCAUAAAGCUUCCAGAAAACUUCAGUUGAAAAAUCUGUUCUUCCUCAAGUGGCAGCAUUCAGCUUUGCUGCAUGUGAUGGUUACACAGUUUUGAGUAGGUAUCAGCUCUGACUCUGUGGAAGCUGGAUUUCUUUUUGUUUAAAUACUGUAAAGAUUCUGCAACAAACAGACCUUAAACCUAGAUGUGUUUUUAAAAGUUAUCUUCACUCCUCUGAAGCUAAUGUCUGCCUCUCAUUCUGUCUGGGAGCUGUGAUGUCAAAACACUGCACGUCAGAGCAACUCAGAGCAGUAGCUUUUUGUAUGGGUUUUUGUAUCUUCUGGGCUUUGACACCAUCUGAGUUUAAAAUGUUGCUUUACAACUGUACUCCACAACUACAGUUGUCUCUUGUUUUCUGUUAGAGUCAUUAAAGUGAAAAACACUUGAGUUCCCACUGAUUUAACUCCUAAGAUUGUACAUGCUACUGAGCAGGGACAGGGGAUGCUGCAGCUGGGUGGAUGCCUGAGAGCAUAUGUAUUGGUACUGUUAUUUUUAGGUGCAUUUGCAAUUAGGCUACUGAAGAGAUGAGUGAGGUCCUGCUUCCAUGAAGCCUGCAGCUUUAACAGAUGGUUUGUCUUCUUUUCUCACUUUGCUUUCCUGGCAUGAUAUCUUGAGUUGGGUUGGUUCUUGGUAAAGACAAGCUUAGUAGUUCACUUUGAACGUUUGUUAUGGAGAAGCUUCAAAAGGAUGUGUUCCCAACCUUUUUUAUAAGGUUUCUUGCUACGCUGACUGGGAAUUGGCAGAAUAAUUAUACUUUCUUUUAAAGCUGAGGAAUGUACUUUCUACAGAAACUUUGGCUGAAUUGAGUUUGUGGGUUUCUGAGAGUUUUGCACGUUUUAUCCCAACGUGCUUUGAGGGAAACGCAACCUCAACCAUCCUAAGCCCUUGAUUUAUUUCCUGUACACUUUGCUCACCAGAUUUUUUUUUGUUUGUAGAACCACAGAAAAAAUCCAGACACCUCUUAUUUUUGGUAGCUACUGCAACUUUACCAGUCAAUUUUAUCAGUUAUACAGAAUGGGAGGUCCUCAUUUUGCUUCCUUAGCAAUACUGUAAUCAGAGGUGCAAAAAACCAAAUGCAUUUAAUGUUUGUAGUCUGUGCUGUUAGAGAUUGAAAAUGGAUCAGGUUUAGAAGCAACUUCUUAUAAAGAAAUGGAGGAACUGUAGCUAUAAAUCCUCUUUGCUUCUUUGCCAAAUGAGCUUUCAAAAGGAAAAUAUUUGCAUAUAGUAUGUAAAAAAAAGCUUGUUAGAAAAAAAUCAGUCGACUUAAAACCAUGUCCAGAGGAAGAUUGCUUUCCAUUUUUUACUGUAUAAAAUACAACCAAUUUCAGACCCGUUUAUGCACAGUAACAACAAGCAUCGUUUUUGUCACAGAAUUAGGCUGUUUCCAGUAUAUAUGGGGGAAAAAAAUAAGUUUCCUUUUCUUUUUUAUGACAGAUAUGCAAAGAUGAAUAGUGUCUAUAUUUUAAUAUACUGUUUGGUGUCUGAAGUGUCUCUUUGACAUGUUUGUUGAUGUACAACAGCCCAUUUUACACUGCUAGUGAAGUAUUACUGAAGGAGGCUUUUGUGUGUUGAUCCACUUGGUGGGCUCGACAGAGAUAUGUGAAAGUAUGACUUAGCUUCAAGUCAAUUGUUGAUUGCUGGUGAUUUUAAUCAUUAAUCAGUUUAUGCUUAUGUGAGUACUUCACUAAAACAAUUGUAGGGGUCUGAACACUGCAAAAAUCUUACUUCUACCUCUUGUGUAAGCAUCUUAAACUUGUACUUCACAGAUCUCUUUGGGAGAUUGGCACACUUUAACGUGGGAAAUUCAUCUGCUUUUCCUUGCUUUCUUUUUUCCCCUGUUGCUUUCUGUGGAAUGCUUGGAUGGGGCCAGGUUGUGUUCACUCCUGUCACGUAGCAUCAGACAAACUGGCCUCACAAGGGUACAAGGGUUGAAAGAGAUUGUAAGGUUUGUUUCGUGUGUGUGAGUCUCAGAAGUGUGAGAAUUCUGUAAUAAAUCAUGGCCAGUGUACUUUUCCUGUAUUUUUUUUCUGUAUGUGAUUUGAUUCCUUUCAUUUAAAUAAUCAAAUUUGUAUAGAUGUCCCUAAUAAAUACUUACAGCUUCUUGUUUUGUUUAGUUCAACUGACAAUAUUUAUCAGCUGCUGUUCUCCACGUGAGGUGGGUUUGGGUUUUGCCUUGAAAAGACAUGUUGUGUGUUCU